GCGGUGCCUAGCAAGAUGGCGCUCCCUGCGUUGUUGCGCCAGUUCUCCAAGCUGCUGGCUCCAGCUAGGCUCCCAAGCGGCUCUUCAGCACGAUCAAAGUUCUACCUUCGGGAUCUGCCACAUGACAAACCUACUGAUUGGCUGAAAGUUGGACUGACCUGGUUGGGUACCUCCGUCUUCUUGUGGAUCUAUCUCAUCAAACAACAUAAUGAAGAUGUCCUAGAGUAUAAAAGAAGAAAUGGGUUGGAAUAAACUAUUGAAAUACUAAUAUGGUAUGUUCCAUAUAGUGAUUAUACUAGUUCCUUUGGAUUCACCAAUCAGUUGAGGUGUAAACGUGAAAGAAAAAGUUGUAUGUGAAUGUAUGUCAAAUCAGCAUUUGUGUUUUGCAUCAUUAAA